AUGGAGUUCGAUAACAGCGUGUUGACGCGGCGUGUGGACGGUGGUAAAGCGGACGCAGCCGAGGCUCGAACCCGGCCACACAUGACUCUCCACUGCACACAGUGUAACACCGUGAUGGCGGAUUCCCUCAGCAUCUGCGGGGAGAUCACAUGCAUGAACCUGAUCGUGUGUCUGCGAGCGACCUCUGACGUUGUCAUCAGUAAUACAAAGGAGUCCGGACAUAAAGGAGAAAUGGCAAAUUGCAUCUACAGUUCUCUAAAGUGUCGUGGCUGCCGCUCUUCUGUGGGCAAAGUGAUUCACUCGGCUCCGUCGCAUUGGGCCUCGAUUCGCUCGCUCUUCCUCCUCCACAGAGCAAACAUCACCUGCUACAUCCUCGACAGCAGGUCAAUGGUGAAAGCUUCCACAAUCAAAUUGGAUCUGAAGCCACUCAAACAAAACAUCGAUGAGGUGAGGAAGCAGUUCCAGGCGCAGCUGGAUCGGAUGUUGUGUCUGAAGAGCCGACUGGCUGACCGCAGCGUUUCCAGCGUCUUGGAGAAGUAGACCCGACUGCACCUGGU